AUGAGUGGUCGUGGUAAUACAACAGUUUCAUCAGCUAAAAGUAAAAGCAAAGAUAAACAAAGCACUCGUAGCGGUCGAGCAGGUUUGACAUUUCCUGUUGGUCGAGUGCAUCGUUAUCUUAAACAAGGAAGUUAUGGAGAACGAAUUGGUCAAGGUGCACCAGUGUAUUUAGCCGCCGUCUUGGAAUAUUUGACUGCUGAAAUUCUUGAAUUAGCUGGAAAUGCUGCACGCGAUAAUGAAAAGAAACGAAUUAUUCCUCGACAUCUUCAAUUAGCUAUUCGUAAUGACGAAGAAUUGAAUAAAUUACUCGAAGGUGUAACCAUUGCUCAAGGUGGUGUCUUACCGCACAUUCGUAUGGAACUGUUACCUAAAAAGACCAAAGGUGACGGUGAAAAUGCCGGUAGCAUGGAAUCUCAACGUGGUACACAAGCUCAUCCGAUGAUGAUGCAAUCAUCAGGAGGAUCAAUGGCAAGCAGCAGUGGAAAAAAGAAGAGUAUGCCACCAGCCAAAAAGAGUAUGGGACCUUCAACAUCACAGAAAAAGUCCAAUAAACCAAAACCAAUGCAACAGCAACCACCUCCACCACAACAGAAAACUAUCAAAACUGAUCAAAAUGAUGAAGAUGAUGAAGAUGAGGACGAUGACGAAGAUGAUGAUGACGAAUCAGAAGAUUCUGAAGAUCAAGAUGAUGAUAUGACUGGCAAUGGAAAUACAGUCAGUAGUUCAAGUGCUUUAGCUACAACAACAGCUAAUGACACAACAGCCUACGAUGAUGAAGAAGAAGACGAAGAGUAA